CUUUCUUACCACAACAUAUUGAAGAGCGGACGUAUCCAAUGUGCAGAAAGGCUUGAUAUGACCAUUAGAAACUCGGGUGAGAUUAUGGAUUCCUAUUGCUGAUGCCUGAGGCGGGGUGAGAUACCCCACUUGAAACGCUCCGCCACUCUCCUGCGUCUGCCUUCAUUUCUUCAUGAUCUAGGCAGAUAUCUUGUCUCUUGCUUAGCUUCUGACCAUAACGCAAUAUGUCAUUCAAGGAACAGAGCCGCAACAUUCGUUUAGAGGGCACCAUUCUCCGCGCAGAGUGCAGCAAGGCGGAUCCAUCGGGCAAGUGGCCAUGGCACGAGUCCGAGCUUCGCCUCGAUCGUCUCUUGGGCAAUGUAUCAGGCCAAUUAGUAUGGCUAGGAACUAAUUUCAAUCACAACGCAAAGCAUAUCUACCUCGAAGGUACGACCUUGCAUGCCUUACUUCCCAAAUCCGAACAUGUCUGGCAUCCAACAUCCGUGGAUUUGAAUGAUCGAAUUGCCAACAAAGAUGGCCGCUUGGUCUAUGCUGAUCCUCGACUUGGUUUCUACAGCCCCAGAGGUCAGCCCAACGAAAACGAAAAAGUGGAAUAUGUUCCAUACUCUGGUGUGGGAAAUGUUGAUGACUAUGCACGAAGAGGCUUGGACGCUACUGAGGCCCAUGCAGUAGAGUGCAAGAGAUUCGAGGCUGAAAUUGUGCUGCGAGCCUUACAGCCAUUUCGAUACACAAGGCUCCCAACUCCAACCUCUAUUCGAUUAUUGAAGAUUGAGGAUGCAGAUGAACCCAGUGACUUCAUCCAUGCUUCACUCGUCGUUGUUGACUUGGCACAUAGUCCCCAAUACGAUGCUCUUUCAUACACGUGGGGGAGCCCUUUCACAACUUCGGAACCUCAACUCGAUGAAUAUUAUCAACGUACUACAACUAUUCUUUGCAAUAACCAGCGUCUCUCCGUCAAACAGAAUCUUUUGGAUGCUUUACGGCGUUUGAGAAAAGGUCAGAGGUCCGCUGUGCAGUCAACCGAAAAUCGUGGCAGGUAUUACAAGACACCACUCAUUCAAGCCGCCGAAGAUGGCCAUGGGCGUCUUGUACAUUCUCUCCUGUUGCAGGGUGCAGAUAUAACAGCUCAAGAUCGCUUCGGCGAAACAGCACUUCAUUACGCAGCCGAGAGGGGUCACUUGGAGGUUGUCAAAACUCUUGUUCAAGCUGGAAGCUCGGUUUUCAAGCUUGACAACUCUCGGCGCACCCCUUUGGACUGUGCCAAACAAAAGUUCCGUUACGAAACCAUCAAAUACUUGGAGACUCAAGUAGCAACGCAAAAGAAAACAAAGGCUGUCCCAGCCCCAAAGGGUACGUAUUUUCCGACAGCAAUGAGGAGUCAAUCAUACAUAUGGAUUGAUGCUCUGUGUAUCAAUCAAGAAGACAAUGAUGAAAAAGCCAUCCAAGUUGGAAUGAUGGGAAGAAUCUACAAGUCCGCAAAGUCCGUCGUCGUCUGGCUGGGCAGAGAAAGACAAGACGUCAACGACACAACAGCGGAGGAUCUCUUCCUGGACACGUGGAUGCUGGAUGCGGCAGGUACGAGCGGCAAGCUGGAUGAGACAACCUUAGAUGCGCUGUUAGAUGAUCCUCAACGGCAUCUUUCACCGAAAGCACCCGCGGAUCUGAAAGAGACAGUCACAAAUUGGAUCAAAAAGCUAGAUGAGAAGCAAAUGCGCAGUUGGUUGAUCGGGUUGCCAUUCUUCCGCCGAAGUUGGUUUGAGAGAGCUUGGGUCAUCCAAGAACUUGUCAUGGCUCAGGAGAUCACAGUCUUGUGUGGACAAUUCGUCUUUUCUUGGGAUACCUUCGUCCUUUUAUCAUGUGCUGUGGAUAGUUGCCGUGUACUGAUGAGGGCAGGUACUAAUCCCAAGGGAGAAAGGGGAGAGAAUUUCCACACGAUUGUGUACCGUUCAGCCGCAAUGUCAUCUAAGACAGUGGAUCCGGAACUGUACGAGAUCCCAGCAAUGACUCUCGAGCGGAGACGACGAGCAUACCACAGACAAGGAGCAUUAUCUUCUAUGUCUGCCCUUGCUCUCAGUCGCAACUACAAUGCAACAGAUACCAGGGACAAAGUCUUUGCAGUCCUGUCGAUUUCUGCGCCCAUCCGACUAUCAACAAAGACAGGUACUCACUCCGUCCUACCCGACUACGUCCAACCGGCACGGGACCUCUUUGUUUAUGUUGCGAUGUCUCUGCUACAAGCACACGGCCCCUCAAUUCUCUCUCUGAUUCGGAAUCCGGCGACCCCAAGAGUCAAAGGCCUUCCUUCAUGGGUGCCGGAUCUCACAAUGCCUAUACACUACCAGCCCCUCGGAAUAUCGAUUGAGUCCUUGGUCAGUGAGGCAGGACAAACAACCGCAACAGCGAUCUACGACGCAAUCGGAAACAACACUCUGCAACCAGCCUAUCACGUGACAGCUGAGAGUUAUCUUGUCUUGCAUGGAUUCAGAUGGGACAGUGUACAAGAGAUUGCGCAACCUGGUUUGAGCAAUAUCGGUCCAGACACCGUCGAGUUGUUUCGGUGGGGUCAAAUCAUAUCAGAGCUGGGUGGCUCAGUUGCUGAGAAUAGAGCAAUUCUGUGGAGAACAUUGAUAUCCGACGAAGCUCAAGGGAAACAUCCUGCUCCGGACCUUGACAAAAGUUUCCAGAACUGGCUCAAAUACUUAUGCUUCAUCGAGAUGACUGGAAUAAGAGACGCCAUGGCAAACAAACUUAUAAGCAUGAAGAAUCCAGUUGACGCACUCUGGCCAAAGCGAUCGAAAGAACAAAUGUUGGAGACUUUUCAAGUUAUCCAGCCCAGUCUUGCAACCUUGGGUAUAACAUUCACAAAAGAAGAUGUCAACAGAUGGAGGACUCUAGAUUCCUUCUCACCAGAAGACAUCCAGUAUGCGAACUGGUACUUUGGCUUCGAGGGCAACGGCAGAAACUUUGCCAAGGUGAUACAUUCAAAAGAUCUUUCGAGACGAAUAUUCCGAACAGGAAAGAACUUUCUGGGAAUAGGCCCUGAACAAACGGAGAUUGGAGAUUUGAUUUAUCUCCUUCCUGGCACGAAAGUCCCUUAUGUCUUUCGACAUGUGAAAGAUGGCAAUUUUAGAGUCAUUGGUGAGGCGUAUGUUCAUGGGAUUAUGCACGGCGAGGCUUGGCAGAAUCAUCAGAUGACUUCGGAACGACUAUGUAUUGUAUGAAUAUCAACAGCUGAGAAAUUCUGAUCGCGACCUCACAGAGGAAAUGCGUGAAUUAGAGAUGGCUGUUUUGGUGCAUAUCAGUCUGGCAUAACCCCAAGCAUCGUUGAAGAGAUCUGAGAGUGCAGUCUAGGGGUAUCCGUUGCGAUUCGAAAUUCUUCUUGUCUCGUCAAGGUAUCGAGUAUGUGGUGAGCUGUGUAGGGUGUGAUCGCCUUCUUCGGAGAGGCCCCGAGCUGGAAUGACUAUUUUGCGUUUGACUUCUGGAGUACUAGAUGAAUACAUAGAGG